AAUUAUUAAAGGUGUAUUGCUUCUCAAUUCACAAAAGCAACAUUUUUCAACUAACUUACAAAAAAUGUUCCAAUUUUGGAUUCCGCAAAUAAAAACAUGGAGUUGCUCCAACACUGUAUAACGGUUAAGCAAAUGCAUCGAAUUGCCGCAAGACGGUUGUUCCCGGCAUUGCGCCGAUGCAACACUCCGAUAAAUUUAUCUUCCAAUCGAGCUUUAGGAGAUAUCCAGGCGACGCGUUAUUUCAAUUCUGUUGUGUCUGAGAACAUUCCGAACCAAAGCCCUAUCCAUCCCCACUUUGAAUCGUCAUCUUCUGGGAAAGAGGAGAUGGGAGCUCCGGUCCUCGGAAAGAAUGAGAAAUCGAGCUCCAGAACGAAAGCAACGUCUCCUAAAGCUCACUAUCAAGGCGAACAGUCUCGCGUUCUCAGCGCCUCUCUCCCUUAUGUGAUUAGAUUGGGCUGGACUGAAGCUGCCAUGAUUGCAGGUGCAAGGGAGGUUGGAGUCUCUCCUUCAAUUGUUGGAUCUUUUCCUUCCAAAGAAGCUGCUCUAGUUGAGUUUUUCAUGGAUGAUUGUUUGGAAAGGCUCCUUGGUAUUAUUGACACAAGGGAAGAUUUGAAAACCAUAAUACCUAGUGAGAGAGUUGCAACACUGAUCAGAACUCGCUUAGAAAUGCAGGUUCCUUACUUGUCAAAGUGGUCUCGAGCACUCAGUAUACAGGCACAACCGAUGAACAUUCCAACAAGCUUUAGGCAGCGGGCAAUGUUGGUUGAUGAAAUAUGUCAUGCCGCUGGUGAUGAAGAUUCUAAUAAUAUUGAUUGGUAUGUGAAGUGCACCGUGCUUGGUGGAAUAUACUCCACAACUGAGCUAUAUAUGCUGACUGAUAAAUCUCCAGAUCUUGUCGAUACAUGGAAGUUCAUGGAUGCCCGAAUUAGAGACGCUUUUGACCUGCGGAAGUCUGCUUACGAGGCAAAAAAUUUGGCUGAAGCUGUGGGUGCAGGAAUGGGUGGCUCAUUAGAAGGUCUUUUGAAUGGUAUCAUUCGGGGUUGAAUAGUUUUGGCAAGCCCACUAAAUGAAAUGUUAGACUGGACAUUCUCCUCUUUACAAUUGCAGUUUUACAUUUCUUUUAAACCCCACCCUGACUUUCCUUAUUCACAGUUGAAUAAAAGGCACUAAUCAAAAGUGAAAAGUGAUAACUGGAUCAUUGCUGGGUACAUAUUGUAAUGCCUCUUAUAUCAAAUUUUAUCAAUUCAAUUUCUUCUCUGUAAAAUGAUUAUACAUUUCCUCCUGACUUGAGGAAAAGAAUAGACAACACUACAUCCUUGGAAAGAACUUCUGAGGAUAAUGAUGCACUUCUUUAAAGUUUUGAUGUUUCGAUUGUAUCACAGACUUUCUUUACUAAAGGUAAAUUAAGUAAGCAAUUUGAAGCA